AUGGCGUCCAAACUCGAUUUCCUCACCCAAAAGGCGCCGGAAAACUACGUCGCCGGUCUCGGUCGCGGCGCGACGGGUUUCACAACAAGAUCUGACCUUGGUCCUGCGCGCGACGGCCCAAGCGAAGACCAAAUCAAAGAGGCGCUCGCAAAACGCGCUGCGCAGCUCGGCCUCGCCCCGGACGGCAAGAAAAAGGGCGACGACGACGACGGCGGGGACGACGACGAACGGUUUCAAGACCCGGACAACGAGGUCGGCCUGUUCUCCGGAGGCAUCUACGACAAAGAUGACGAGGAAGCCGACAAGAUAUGGGAGUGGGUGGAUGAGCGCAUGGACCGGAGGAAGAGGCAACGAGAAGCCCGGGAAAAGGCCGACCAGGAGGAGUACGAGCGCAAGAACCCCAAAAUCCAGCAGCAAUUCUCGGACUUGAAGCGCGCCCUGGAAACGGUUACCGACGAGGAGUGGGCAAACCUACCAGAAGUGGGCGACUUGACUGGCAAAAACCGACGCAGCAAGCAGGCGUUGCGGCAAAGAUUCUACGCCGUUCCGGAUAGCGUGCUGGCUGCCGCCCGAGAUUCGACGGAGCUGAGCACAACGGUGACGGAUGACGGAGUCGCGUCCAGCGCCGCAGACAAGGCCGACGGGACCAUGACCAACUUUGCGCAGAUCGGGGCUGCGCGCGACCGAGUGCUCAAGUCGCGACUGGAGCAAGCGUCUCGGUCCAGCGGCGACGCCACCAAUGGUAGUGCAACGAGCAUCGAUCCGCAGGGAUACAUUACGAGCCUGAACAAGAUGCAAAUGAACGAGGCACAGGCCCAGGUGGGGGACAUCAACCGCGUGCGCGAGCUGCUGCAGUCCGUCGUCAAGACGAACCCGAACAACGCCCUCGGCUGGAUCGCGGCAGCACGGCUCGAGGAGCUGGCUGGCAAAAUCGUGGCCGCGCGCAAGACAAUCGACCAGGGUUGCGUCCGAUGUCCCAAGAGCGAAGACGCCUGGCUGGAAAACAUUCGACUCAACCACGAGUCGCAAAACGCCAAAAUCAUCGCCCGGAGAGCCAUCGAGGCGAACAACCGGUCGGUCAGGCUGUGGGUGGAGGCCAUGAGGCUGGAGAAUAUCCCCAGCAACAAGAAGAGGGUGAUCCGGCAGGCCUUGGAUCACAUCCCGGAGUCGGAGGCGCUGUGGAAGGAGGCCGUCAACCUGGAGGAGAACCAGGACGACGCCAAGCUGAUGCUGGCCAAGGCUACCGAGCUGAUCCCCCUGUCCGUGGACUUGUGGCUGGCGCUGGCCCGCCUCGAGACGCCCGAGAACGCGCAAAAGGUGCUCAACAGAGCCCGCAAGGCGGUCCCCACCUCGCACGAGAUCUGGAUCGCCGCUGCCCGGCUCAUGGAACAGCUGGGCCAGGCAAGCAAGGGCAACGUCAUGACGACCGCCGUGCGGGUCUUGGCAAAGGAAUCCGCCAUGCCCAAGAGGGAGGAGUGGAUCGCCGAGGCCGAAAAGUGCGAGGAGGAAGGGGCGGUCCUCACCUGCCAGAACAUCAUCCACGCCACGCUGGGCUGGGGUCUCGACGAGGAUGAUGACCGAAAGGACACGUGGAUGGAGGACGCAAAGUCCAGCAUCAACAGAGGCAAGUACGGCACCGCGAGAGCCAUCUACGCCUACGCCAUCCGCGUCUUUUACAACAGCAGGACGCUGCGAAUGGCGGCCGCCGACCUGGAGAGGAACCACGGCACGAGGGAUUCCCUCUGGCAGGUUCUCGAGCAAGCCGUGGACGCUUGCCCGACAAGCGAGGACCUGUGGAUGAUGCUGGCCAAGGAGAAGUGGCAGGCCGGCGAGGUGGACAAUGCCCGGCUGGUCCUCAAGCGCGCCUUCAACAAGAACCCCAAGAACGAGGACAUUUGGCUGGCGGCCGUCAAGCUCGAGUCGGAAAGCGACAAUGCCGAGCAGGCCCGGAAGCUGCUGGAAAUCGCCCGAGACCAAGCGCCGACCGACCGGGUUUGGAUGAAGAGCGUCGUGUUCGAGCGCGUCCAGGGCAACGUGGAAGCGGCCCUGGACCUCGUCCUGCAGGCCCUGCAGCUCUUCCCUGCCGCGCCCAAGCUCUGGAUGCUCAAGGGCCAGAUAUACGAGGACCUGGGCAAGGUCGGCCAGGCGAGGGAAGCAUACGCCGCGGGGGUCAAGGCGGUGCCGCGAUCCGUCCCCCUCUGGCUGCUGUACUCGGGCCUCGAGGAAAAGUCCGGCAUGACCAUCAAGGCGCGCUCGGUGCUCGACCGCGCGCGCCUGGCCGUGCCCAAGUCGGCGCGGCUGUGGUGCGAGUCUGUCCGUUUCGAGCGCCGAGCAGGGAACCUCGCGCAGGCCAAGUCCAUCAUGGCCAAGGCGCAGCAGGAGAUUCCAAAGAGCGGCCUUCUCUGGGUCGAGCAAAUCUGGCACCUGGAGCCGCGGACCCAGCGAAAGCCGCGUAGCCUGGAAGCCAUCAAGAAGGUCGACAACGACCCGCUGCUCUUCGUGGGCGUCGCCAGGAUCUUCUGGGCCGACAGAAAGCUGGAAAAGGCGCAGAACUGGUUCGAAAAGGCCCUCGUCCUGGACAGCGACCAGGGGGAUAGCUGGGCGUGGUACUACCGCUUCCUGGUCCAGCAUGGUACCGAGGAGAAGAGGGAAGAAGUGGUGAGCAAGUGCGUGUUGAGCGAGCCGCGGCAUGGCGAGGUCUGGGAGAGGGUGGCCAAGCAGCCUGCGAAUGCGCGCAGGGGCGUGGAGGAGAUUUUAAAAUUGGUUGCGGGGGAACUGGAGCAAUCAUGA